UACUAUAAAUGAACAUGGAGUCGGGCAAGUGUAAAGAAACGUACAUUUCAACCAAAAACUGUUUCCAAAUUCUCGCAGUUGUCAUUGCCAGUAUAUCAGCUGUCACAAGUGGAAUUUGCUUCGCGUGGUCAUCACCAUUCGUCCUGAAGAUUUCGAAAGACAAAGGAAACUACGAUAUCACUGAAGAGCAAGCAUCGAAGUUUACGAUACUCCCUUUCAUCGUUGUUAUAGUAACCUGUCCAAUCAUCAGCAAGCUAGGCGAUGUUUUUGGAAGAAAACGCAUGUUGCUCAUGACAUCAUUCAUCGAUGCAGCAGUUUGGAUCCUGAAAGCUACAGCAAGGAAUGUUUCAAAAUGUGGCUAUCGAAAACAUGGUUUAAAAUGCACAAAUUUAUGCUCAAAUUGUCAUGGUUCUGAAAAUUGCUCCAAUAUGGAAGAAAAAACCUACGAGGAAGUUGAUGAUUCAGAUGAAAUUGUGGAUGAAGAACCAAUGCAGUCUGAAAAUAAUAUUGGAGACGAAGAA